AUGGGCUUCGUUUAUGGAUCUUUUCAUCCGGUACUGCCGAAGCCUGUGAUCUUCUUCUGCCUGAUUCUUGCAUACGUACGACAUGCCAUCUCGCUGCUCCUCCACUAUCUCGGGCUCUACAUGCUGCCGGAGCCGCUUAUCACCCCCUGGGGAGAAUAUGAGCUUCACUUACAUGAGGCGGCCGAGGAUGCCGCCCCGCCCUCUUCGUCGAUAAAGAAGCGGCUGAGGGUGGUGGAGUUUGGGAGCUUGUCGAUGACGGGGCAAAUGCAUCGGGACCCGACCUGCGUAAUUUGCUUGGGAGAACUGGAGGCGACGCACAAGGUGAGGGAGCUCGGCAACUGCGGCCAUGGCUUCCACCUCGAGUGCAUGGACAGGUGGGUGGACGUGGGUCGGACCAGUUGCCCUCUGUGCAGGGCUCGCCUGUUGCCCUCGGUGGAGAAGCAUGGGAUGUGGGCGAAGCUUCUACGGCUGCAGUGA